UUGAGAGUGUUAAUACAUUUACUAUUAUUAUUCUAGGAACAAGUAUUCCCUCUAAUGCGACACUCAUAUUCGAGACAGAAUUGCUUAAUAUUGAGGAUGGACCUCCACUUGUCAAUCUUUUCAAAGAAAUAGAUUCAAAUGAAGAUAGUCAAUUGUCUCGAGAAGAACUUGUGGAAUAUAUAGCCAAACAGGUUCCUGGAGCUGAUGCUGCUGAACUGGAGGAAGAUAUUGAGCAGAAGAAGUUAAUUGAUGAAAUAUUUGUGCAUGAAGAUAAAAAUAAGGAUGGUUUGAUUUCUCAUGAAGAAUUUAGUGGUCCAAAACAUGAUGAACUAUAAGUAGUUCUUCUACAGUUGUUUAUUAAUUAUUUUAUAGUAAAAAUAUCAAACAUCUUACUUAUUACUGGUUGAUAAUUUGAGCUGAAGGUCCACUGUAAUGAGAUGAACAUUAA